AUGCCUGAAUUAUAUCCUUCUCCUGCAUCCACUUCUGACAAUCAGAAUUCACUCAAUGAGUACUGGCCCCUCACUCUCACUCCUGCAGACAUUUCAGCUACUAUGUUGAUGUCUGCAUCGCGCAUCCAUCUCCCAAUAUCAGGCAGAGGCUGCAAACAACAAUCUUCCCCCUUUGGCUCAGAUCAGGCACUUCAAAGCCAGGCUGCAAUGGGAGAUCACUACUUUUGUCACGCCCAUCCUCCAGUACUCAGCUGCCAGGAACAUCAUUUCGGUCGUUCCCAGCCCUAUUGCUCAUAUUCUUCAUUUGAUUCCCAGUCACACCUGGAACACGAUCCUGGAGAUCCAUCCCAGAUCGUAUCUGGCUAUGAUACCCCAUGGUGGAUGGGAGAAACUGCAAUCCCGAACGAACCAUGGCAAUGGGAUUGGAUGAUGACUUGCUGUAUCUUUCACUACCAGCAUUGGCUAGAUGGUAUUGAGAAUGAUGGUCUGACAAUUCCGGAGCAGGUGGAUCAUACCUCAGUCCCAUCAGUGAUAGGACUGAGGUGGAUUAGAGAACACCUCCUGACAUUACUUGAGGAGCAACAUGAGGGCAUCUGUGACAAGAUGGCAGAGAUACAAAUCUACACUGCCAUUCUGGACAGAUUGAAGAGAGGCAGAGGAGAGUAG